AUGGGAAAUCCCUGCUUCCAGGUAGUGGGAUUCAUUACCGCUGUGGUUGGCUGGUUCAUGGCCUGUGUUGCUAUGGCAAUUCCGCAGUGGAAAAUCCGGAAUCUGGAUGGCAGCACAAUUCUGACAGCACAGGAGGGCUGGGAGGGGAUCUGGAUGAACUGCAUUAAUGACAGUGGGGGCCUGUUGACCUGCGACGUCUACGACUCAUUAUUGGGGCUGCCGUCUGACCUCCAGGCAGCCCGAGCUUUCAUGUGCCUGGCAGUGGCCCUGGGCAUUUUCGCAAUUGUGGUGUCCUGCGCAGGCAUGGAAUGCACCAAGUUUGCAAGGCAGGAGGAGAGGUUGAAGGCUCUGCUUGCUGUGACAGGAGGGGCUUUCUUCAUCCUGGCUGGGAUGUGCGUCCUGAUUCCAAUCUCCUGGACUGCUGCCAACAUUGUGGCUGACUUCUACAACCCUCUGGUUCCCCUCUCCAUGAAAGCAGAACUGGGUGAUGCUCUGUUCCUGGGUUGGGGAUCAACUUUCGUCCUGGUCCUUGGGGGUAGCAUCCUCUGCUGUUCCUUACCAGCAGACAGUGGGAAGAGUAAGAGGCACGUGAAGAACCUCUCUCAGUAUCAUUCCACAGCUUUGGGAAACAGGAUCAACAUUUGAAUCUGAAGUGAAACAUGG